UUGAGCAACAAAGUUAAUGUCACGGAAAAAUUAAAAAAGGAAAGCUGGAAAUGCCAAAUUUGCAAAGCAAGGCUACCAAUAACAAGUGAAAACACCGACACUCCCUGUUCAUCUAACGUGACAAAGAGAAGCAUUAGGCAUAAGGCACUUCCAGUAACGCCAUUGCAUAAGUCUGAAGAAGAAGAAGAAUCAAAUAGUUCUGAUCAUGACCUACAUAGCCUGCCAGAUAUUAGUACUUAUCAAAAUGACAGAGAGGAAGAGUUGUUAAAAGAAAUCGCUCAUUUGAAAUUAGAAUUAGAAAAAGCUCAUAAUGAAAUAGAAAAUUUGAACAUGGAAAAUACAAAAUUAGAAAAGCAAAUUUUAGAAAAGGAAACGCUGACUGUAAAAUGGAAGAAACUGUUUACUGAAGCCAUGAGCACACCCAAAAAACGCGUAUCUCUCACAAAACGAAAUGCCACGGAAAAGAAAAAAGAUAAGAAAUUUGAACAAAUCCGAUCAAUAGAGUUAGAUGAGUCAAACGGUAAUGCUAUAGAAGUAGAGAAUAUAAACAUGCCUAUAAUAAUAAAUGGGAUUAAGGAAGCAAAAAAUAAAAUUAAAGAAUCGUGGAAUAUUAUAAAUGAGCAGAUAGGACAAAAGAAACGUCAAAAUAUAAAAUCUAAAAUUGAAUCUAUAAGAAACAAUAGUGGGCAGAUUAUUACAGAAUCUCAAAAAAUUGUAAGAAGUUUUAAUGAUUUUUUCUGA